AUGAAGGUUCUCGCUCUUUCCGCUCUUCUUUCUUUGGCUUCGGCCGCCUCUAUCAGCCGCCGCAGCGACUUCUGCGGCCAAUGGGAUACCGCCACCGCCGGUGACUUCAUCGUGUACAACGACCUCUGGGGUGAAGACAACGCCUCCAGCGGCUCCCAGUGCACUGGCGUCGACUCGGCCAGCGGCAGCGAGAUCGCCUGGCACACCAGCUGGUCCUGGGAGGGUGGCAGCAGUGACGUCAAGAGCUACGCCAACGCUGCUCUGCAGUUCACUGGUACUCAGCUGAGCUCCAUCUCUAGCAUCCCCUCCACCUGGAAGUGGACUUACUCUGGCUCCGAUAUCGUGGCCGACGUGGCCUACGACAUGUUCCUGGGCUCGACCGCCGACUCCUCUUCCGAUGAGUACGAGAUCAUGGUCUGGCUUGCUGCUCUCGGCGGUGCUGGCCCCAUCUCGUCAUCCGGCUCCACCAUUGCCACCCCGACGAUCAACGGCGUGACCUGGGACCUGUACACCGGCCCCAACGGCGACACCACCGUCUACAGCUUCGUCGCCCAGUCGACCACCGAGGACUUCUCCGGUGACCUGAACGACUUCUUCACCUACCUGGUGGACAACGAGGGUGUCUCUGACAGCCUGUACCUGACCACCCUUGAGGCGGGUACCGAGCCCUUCACCGGCAGCGACGCCGAGCUGAAGGUGUCCGAGUACUCCGUUUCCAUCGAGUAA